AUGCUCGGAAAUAUUCAGGAAGUUCUUCAGGACUUUGCUUUAUCACAACGUUCAGAAGCAGUUCAAGAAGAACACGUGCAACGCCUUAUCGAGUUGUGCCGUAUGGACUACGAGACCCUUGAUCCUGUGGCCGACAAUGAUUUAUCGUUCAUUAAAGUUGUGAAUGCUGGAAGUUCCUUCUUGGUCCAAAAUAUCAAAGGUCACCUGAUGAGUCGUGUAGUCUACUUCUUAAUGAAUAUUCAUCUUCGCCCUCGUACGAUUUACCUUACUCGACAUGGCGAAAGUGAAUAUAACAAGCUUGAACGACUCGGGGGUGACUCACCAUUAUCCCGCAGAGGAAUCGAGUAUGCAAAAAAAUUGGCCGAAUAUUUUGAAGUUGAAGAGGUUCCAGAUUUACAAGUGUGGUGCUCGCAGAAGAUUCGUGCCGUCCAAACUGCAAGUUUUCUGUCUCGUUACACCGCCUGCAUUGAAUCCUGGAAAGACCUUAAUGAGUUAGAUGGUGGAAUAUGCGAUGGUUUGACAUACGAUGAAAUUAAGGCUCGAUAUCCUCAACAGUUCUGGGCACGGCGAAACGACAAAUACAACUAUCGCUAUCCUUCCGGCGAGGUGAGAUGGUUAACCCAUGCUUAAGU